CAGAGGUCAUCAUGCAUGGUGAGGGAGAUGAUAGAUAAGGUUGUCAGGUUUCACUUAAUCCAGGAAGUGAUGGAAAACAGGCACAUAGGUAUAAAACAGCUUGAGAAGGACAGGUCUUUACCGGAAAGUCAACCUCAGCAGACCUAUUCAAAAGAGAAAACUUCAACACUGAGAAAGGCAGCCACUGCAACCAUAAUGGGAGCUGUGAAAUUUGUUGGACCACUUCUUUUCUUCGUGACGUCUCUUUUCUGCAUGGUCAAUUCAUAUCCCGACUUGGACUUGUCACACAUAGGAUGUAAUGAGUGCGCGCUGAAAAAAAACGACUUUUUCUCACGGGACAAGCCGGUCUAUCAGUGUAAGGGCUGCUGCUUCUCGAUGGCUUACCCGACACCUCACUGGAUCAAGAAGCUCAUGAUGAAUCCAAAGAAUAUCACUUCAGAGGCAGCAUGCUGUACUGCGAGAAGCAGCGAAUUGGUAAAAGUGCAAAACUUAAUGGUGAGAAACCACACAGAGUGCUACUGUGACACCUGCAUCUAUCACAAGAUCUGACUGAUGGGAGAUGGCGAUGAGUGGGCCAGUGUUGUUCUGCAACAGUGUGUCUUGUCUUCGGUGUGCACACGCUUUAUAUAUUUAGGAAGGCAUGCUGUAGUACUGCCAAGUCAUAUUUCGUGCAAUACUCCUUCGUCUAUGAGGUGGCAUGUACCGAAACAAUGUGAACUCAUAAUUGUUCGUUUUCAGUGGUGUGUACGUAACAUUGGUGUUUAUGUGACAUUGAUGAAUAUUGUUUGGUGAGUAGUGUGUUAUUUGUAGCGAUUCUGUUUGGCAGAUAAAAAAUAAAUAAAUGAAACAACAUUAAAAACA